GAGAGAGAGGGAGUGUGUGUGUGUGUGUGAAAAAGUGUGUGUGUGAGAGAGAGAGAGAGUGUGUGUGUGUGUGUGUGUGUGAGUGAGUGAGAUAGAGAGCGCGAGAGAGAGCGAGAGAGAGAGGGCUGGGCAUCUUUGAAGUCAUGGAACUUAGGAUGGAGAAUAUCGGGAACCUUCACAGGGUUUCACAUUCUCAUCAAACGGACAAUUUGAUGAACUCUCCUCACACGAGACAAUCGGUGUCGCACCGGAACCUGGUGCACGGCCGAUCAUCCACCAUGGUCUCUAGCAUGGCCUCGAUACUGGACGGGGCUGGGGAAUAUCGCAGUGACCACUCGCUGUCCGCUACUUUUCCCACAGCUAUGACUAUGUCCUGCGAUUCCGGCAUGGGCAUCAGUAGCACGUACACCACCCUGUCACCGCUACAGCACUUGCCUUCGAUAUCCACAGUAUCGGAAAAAUUCGCUCAUCACCAUCAUCCACACCCGCAUCACUCGCAUCAUCAUCCCGCGCACCAGCGCCUGACCCAUGGAAACGUCAGCGGCAGCUUCACGCUGAUGCGCGACGACCGCGGCUUGGCCUCCAUGGGCAACCUGUACGCGCAUUAUCCCAAAGACAUUUCCUGCAUGGCACAGCCGCUCUCACCGCUGUCCAACGGCUUAGGUUCUUUGCACAACGCGCAGCAGCCUCUUGGCGCCUACGGUCCUGGUGCUCACCUCUCCAACGACAAGAUGAUCUCGCCAGGAGGCUUCGAGACUCACGCGGCGAUGUUAGGUCGGGGUGAUUUUGGGGGCCACGGUACCGGAAUCCUGUCCACUCUGAACGGUCUGCACCACCCAGGUCACUCGCAGUUGCACUCUAGUGGAUCUAUGCUGUCGGAACGCGACAGGCACGAAGCCGGGGACACCCAUGCAGGCGGAUGCAGCCAAGCAGAGGAGAUCAACACGAAAGAGGUGGCCCAGAGAAUAACUGCCGAACUGAAAAGGUACAGCAUUCCGCAGGCUAUCUUCGCCCAGCGCAUACUGUCUCGGUCCCAAGGCACACUCUCUGACCUCCUGCGGAAUCCUAAACCGUGGAGUAAACUAAAAUCAGGACGGGAGACGUUCAGGAGGAUGUGGACGUGGCUGCAGGAGCCCGAGUUCCAGCGCAUGUCCUCCCUUAGACUCGCAGCUUGUAAGCGAAAAGAGCAAGAGCAGCUGAAGGAACGCAGCACAGUCCCUAAAAAGCAACGUCUUGUGUUCACCGACCUGCAGCGACGCACACUUAUUGCCAUCUUCAAGGAGAACAAGCGGCCCAGCAAAGAAAUGCAGCUGACCAUUGCACAACAGCUGGGUCUAGAGCUCAGCACAGUGAGCAACUUCUUCAUGAAUGCCCGACGUCGUUGUCCUAACCGUUUGCAUGAUGAGCACCAGCAAGGCCAUGGAAGCAGCCCUGGGCAGUCUGGCACCUCCACUGCCAAUUUCUCCAAAGCCUGA